CUCUGCACACCCUCCCCCAUCCUCCCACCGCCUCGUCCCACCCCGCUGGAGAAGGACAAGGUUAAAGCAGGCAUCGGAAUAUACGGAAGGAAAACAUGGAAAAUGGGCUCACCACCCAGGUGGCCUUCCCAUCUGCUGGCUCUCUCUGUGGCCCCCACGUCCUUGCCCGGAUGUGGUGGCGUCCAGGCUCGGUGGUGCUGCGAGGUCCGCUCGCACGUGGCUGGGUAGACAGCUCGCAGUAACCAGGUGGACCUGCCGGUGCCCGCUCCUAACCCAGCCGCCCCCAGCCCGCAGCCCUGGCUCCGCCCCAGCCCGCCGCUCAGCGCGCAUUGGUGCGGCUGGCUGUCAGUCCCUGCGCUCUGGGGAGGGGGCGCCGCCAGGCUGCGGUCCCUCUGCAGAGGGCUGCUCGCGUGCAACGGUGGCUUCCCGGCGGCCUGGCGCCCAGCCCCGCAGCGCCCCCUUUCCCUACUGGGCAGCAAGGACCCCCGGCCAAGGACCCCAGCAUCCUCGGUUGCUCUUUAAAUAAAACAAGUCUCUCAAGUAAAGGGCUUUCAUGAAGAAAUUAAAGAGAGAAAUUACAAUUAAUGGAGAAACUAGGCAUUUUGCAUACUGAAGAAACCACCUCAAACACCUGUAUGCAAUAAAACGAAAGGAGUGAAUACAUCUAGAAGAAAUUUGCUUAGUAUAAUAUUUUUGCCCAGCUUUUUGUCCUAAACGGCUGCUAAAGAAGAGAGAAUAUCAUCUGCUAGUGAAAGAGUGUAAUGUAAAAAUGGAGACCCGAGUUUCUGAGAUUCAAGUAGAAAGCAAGGAAGAGAAGAAAGCAGCAGAAGUUAGUCCUCAGGAUGAGAAGCAGGAGGAAAAAUCAUCGACACUUUGCUUCAAGAGGAGAAAGAAAUCAGCCAAAGCAAUGAAACCCAAAGCUAGCUCUGAAGCUGGUGAUGUGGCAGCAAAAUGUCCCUCAGAAGCAGGAGCUCCUGAUCAACCACCACCCCCCGGAGGGACCUGGGCCUCAAUCAAACGCCUUGUAACACGCAGGAAAAGGUCUGAUUCUUCAAAGCAGCAAAAGCCCUGUGAGGCCAAAGUACAACCUGAAAUCAAUACUGAGGAUGCUGCUGUUUCUAAGAAAAAGGCAAAAUCCAGACUUAAGAUUCCCUGCAUAAAAUUCUCAAAAGGGGAGAAAAGAAGUAAUCAUUCCAAAAUUAUAGAAGAUGCAGACUGUAGCAUCCAAGUUCAGGAAGAGGCUGAAAGACUGGAUACAAAAUCUCCAACCCAAUCAGAUGCCCAAGCAACAAAGACCCAGCUGACCCAGGAUGUAUGUGGAGACGUCUCACAGAAAGAAGGUGAUGAGGUCUGUGAAUCACAUGUGAGCAACAGCAGUACUUCUCCUGGCGAGGAGGUGAUUUCAGUAGAACUUGGGUUAGACACAGGGCAUCUGGCUAUUCAAACAGGAACUCAAAUCCUUGAAAAAGAUACUGAAACGACUGAGGAAAAAGAAAGUAUCCAGUCCCAGCAAACAAGCCCACUUGAAACUUCAGAAACAGAACAUCAGCUACCGGUGGUUUCUGAUGCUCCCCCCUCACCUGCAAUCCCAGAUCAACAAAUUGAGGAAGAAGCCAGAAACAGUCCCCUAGAAAGUGGACCAAACUGGAAAGACCAUGAAAGUGGAGAGGUUGUAGCUGAAGAGAUUAAGCCAAAAGAUAAUGGAUUGAGCCAGGAAUCAGAUGUUAAAGAAAUUGAGAUCAGUGCAGAGAGACCCAAAACAGAAGAAAGCAAAAGAAUGGAACCAAUUGCUAUUAUUAUUACAGACACUGAAGUUAGUGAAUUUGAUGUUAAGAAAUCUAAAAAUGUCCCUAAGCAAUUCUUAAUUUCAACUGAAAAUGAGGAAGUAGGGGAUUUUGCUGAGUGUGGUUUUGAGGGUAGAACUUCAGAACAGUAUGAAACACUCUUAAUUGAAACCGCUUCUUCUCUUGUCAAGAACGCCAUCCAGUUGUCGAUAGAACAGCUGGUUAAUGAAAUGGCCUCCAAUGGUAAUAACAUAAACAAUCUUCUACAGUGACUCAAUUUCCAAACCAUGGGAGGGGGAAAAGGUUUAAUGAUGAAUUGUUUUACAUAUCUGUGGCAUUUCUUAUUAAGUAACAAAUGAGAGAGGUUUUCAUCUGUGGGAUUUAAAAGUGUAAUCUCAGCCCAGAAGCACGGAAGAAUUCAGUUUAUCAAACCCUGCCUACCACUAAAAUGCAGUCACUUUUGGAUGGAGAAGGUCAGUACAUUCACAAGGCCAAGUGAGUUGCUAAAUACAAGGAGUUGCUAAAAUGGCAUGUGGAGAUGGGGGUGCCUGAGGGAAGGAAGAUGUGUUUAUUGAGCACUUACAAAAUGCCAUAGUCUCUUCAAUGUCCUUUGAUGUCACAAAGCCUGGUUUCCUUUUGAUAAUUCAACUCUGUGUAUGGGUUAACACUGCAUUCAGUUUUCAAAAACAUUUUAGUUACAGUGCACAUUUAUGUUGUUUAAAGUGGUGAAUCAGGUGAGCUUUUUGGUGUGAAUGUGUGCAGAGGAUGUCUAGUCGAAUUAAACAUUAGUGGUUUUUUUAGUCUUGCUCAAGGCCCUUUAAAAAAAAGCUGUUCACAAAUUACUUCAAACGGGCAAAUAAUUACCAAGUGCAAAGCCGUGGGAACAGGGCGUACCUUUUUGCUCUUCAUCUUCUGCCCCAAACAGACUUGCACAAAUCUACUUCUGCAUGGGAUCAUCUGAUGAAAAGGUAAAAACAAAACAACAGCAACAACAAAACAAAAAGAAUAGUAUUGUCCUCCCAGGAGAAGGCAAACUUCCCACCUAACGAGCUCUCGUGUUCAGCGUGGAUUUGUGCUGCAGGGUCACUUCUCUGAAGACCAGGCUCAUCAACUCUCCUCAGAGUGCGGAGAGUGGGUUCAGAGCCAGCCUGGCAGUAAAAGUCCUGGGGAAUCAUCAUAAUUUAUUUAGUAAAAAAAUUACUCAUUCUUGACCAAGAAUGAGCCAAGCGAAUAGAGAGUAAAAAGUUACCUCUUAAGCACAUCAUUUUAAAUGUCAGUGUUCUCUCAUUGUGCCUAUGUAUUGAGAGACACCAGUAAAAAAAUUUUACAUGGAUAUGGAAUUUUUUUCACCAUUUUUUUCAUUAUAGUUAAUCCCUUAACAACAACAAAACUUAUAAGGGCUUAUUUGCAUUUUAUUUAAUUAUUUAAAUCAUUGAUCUCAUGAAUGAAUGCCAUGUUUUUUUAAAAGGUGAUUCUAUUUCAAUAUUUUCUUGUGGCCACAGUACUGUAAAUAUCCUUCCUUACCUCCCAGGAUGGGCUUCAGAUUGUACAGUCCCGCGCUGUCUAAACUCAGUGAUGGGGUUAUUCUGAAAGCAGGUAAAUAAUGAAGAGCUUUCACCAGAGUUGUAAGGUAUUUGGUAAGAGAGAAAAGAAUUUGUUCUUAGAGAAAAGAAUGUAACAUUAGAUGACUUUAAAUGAUCUGGAGACUUCUUGAAUUAUUUCUGGAUUGCAUAUAGAGAGUAUGUGCUAAUUUGUCCUAGAGCAUCUUUGUUUCUUUCUGUAAGGACAUAUUGAGACCUCUGGCAGAAAAAUCUAAUCUGAUUUUGGAACUGAACAAUGGAUAUUAUUAGCAAGAUUCUUUGCUGAAGUGCAGAAGUAUUCCCCUACUUCAUGCUUAUAAACUUGGGAGGGGGAGCCCACCAAAAUCCUUCAAUUUGGCAAGAUAAAAAGCAAAUCAUUCAAAACACAUGACUUCCCCCUGCAAUUUUUUUACUUGUAUAACUUUAAACAUUAAAAAAAAAAGACUACUUAGUCAGCCUCCCUAAUAAUCUUUUAAAUUCACUAUAUGGUGCUAAUGAACUUGGAUAGCCACCAGCAAAUAUAUAUUUGAAAGUGAACAAUUUAAAAAACCUGAUUGAAGUUGGUGCAUUUUACAGUGUUUGAAGAACCCUUCCUUCAUUAACUGCAAGGGAGGCUCAAGCCAAUAUACUUGCAUUGUAAGUUUUUAAUCUCUCAUGAACAAGCAAAAAGUACAGCACUUAUCAGUUAUUGAAAAUAUUUUGAAAGAUUUAGAUGUAUUUAUUUGGGAGUUUUAAAGACAGAUACUAGGUUAAUAUGUGUAGUAAAUGGUUUUUUUUGUUAAGAAAGUAACAUUUUAUCUCUUCCUGUGUCUACACACACUACAUACACACUGUGGUUUGAUAUAUAUUUUUGAUUAGAAUGUAUUAUACAUAGUGGAUUGUUUUUGUGAUGAGAAUACUCUGUUUGCAUUCAUUCUUAAGUGGUUUCUCCUCAGUCUUUUCUACUGAAAAUAUCUAGUGAAUUAAGUAAGUAGGAUUCCAGUUUGAAAAAGGAACCCAGACAUUAAUUGGUUUCAAUCUGAUUAGGUAUAUCUUCCAUGUAGAUUAAAACCUACAGUGAAUUCUGAGAUGACCCAAAUUGUUUUGUUUUAUAGAAAUAACUAGGAAUCAGAUAACUAAGAAAUCACUCUUAAGAUUUUUUAUUAUAGCAUUUUAAGCAAUUUGAUUUUAUAUGUAAGACAUUAAAUGAAUAUAAAUAGGUUCUUAUUCAAUUCACAACCCUUUGACAAUAUUAAAUCAAUCAUUUAGAAGGCAAUUUAAUAACAGCACAUUAAUUUUCAUUUAAAUGUGCUGUGGCAUAAACAUUGCCUUCAGUAAACAUUAAUUGGUGGGGGAUUCAGUUGCUUUGAACCCAGAAGUUUACAGGGCUGGUUGGUUUACUUGGUCGGCUUUUCAGCAUAUUGCCUUCCUCCUGUCAAGAACCAAGUAUCGUUCAGUUUGCUUUACAACCCAGAGAAUACGAAAAUCCUCCUCUAUUUUAUGUUAUAUUAUUCACUUCACAUUUUCUCAAAGUGCUUUAUAGGAUAUAAAAACAGUACCUGGUAACAUUUAGGCAAAGGCAGCGGGAAACAAAAGAACUUUCAAACAGAAGCUACGUGGCCUCCUCCGCUUCAAACAACACGGUAAUAAGCAUAUGGCCCAAAUGGGGCUCUUCAGGAAAAUCUGUCUGCACAAUUUCCCUUCAAGGUAAUCUAUUUGACAAUACAAAAUCUGUGAUGAUCUUAAUUGGACUACUAUUCAAUAAUGUCUUAGAAACUCUGAUUUAUUUCUAAGAGAUUGUGUUUCUUCAUAAGCUCGUGUGAUCAGCCUUCCUGCCAAAGGCUUUUACAGACAUGGAUUAUAUAUAGCAGGGCAUGCCGUCCUGAGUUAGCUUCAUAAAUGUAUGACUUCAAGUUGCCUUAUAUUUUAUAAUUAAGAGCUAUUUUUUCUCAGGACUAAUAAUGGAGUUUUAAAAAUAAUUGUUAAACUUUCAAAUCCCAUUGUUGGAAAAGAUCCUUUUCACGUCAACCUUAUUUAAUUAGGUAAAGUCUUUCUAAUUUCAUCUGACACUUAAUACAUCAGGGGUUGACUUUUCUGCCCAUCAUUUAAGGUUUAGAAUUCUUUAGGUUCAAAUUCCAGUGAUAUUUUAUUAUAUAACAUAAAAAGUUUCUUAUUUUAUAGGAUUCAAAAUUUUGAUGUAUAGUACAUUUUAUGGUGCACUUUUGAAAAGAAUUUUUUGUAAUCCCUACUUAGUUAUAAAUAUUUAACAGAAGGAAGCUAUAUAAAAUGUAGAUGUCAUGAUUAAAUUCAGUUCGACUCCACAUGUGCUGGGUGUAAGAUACGCCAAACACUCUGACGCAGGGACAGGCUCCCUGCCCUCCAGGAGCUCAACCUGAGGAGCGGCACCGACAGGCUCCGGGUCAGGGCUGAAGGCACAGAGCCACGGGCAAUGCAGGAUCUCAAGUGCUAGGAAAGGGACAAUAAAAAAAAGACAAAUUUAUCUGGUGUGGGGAGGUGGUCAUAUAAAUACAGGCACAGAUUGAAAGCAUUCAGUUUCUAAAUAGUUAAAUGGUAUAUUCUGGUUUGUGAAGAAAAAGCCUGCAUAAUGUUAUAUAUAUUUAUAGUAGUUCUUUGUGCAGUGUUAAGUGGAUGAGCUGUUAUGAAAAGUAAAAAUUCCAUUUCGUAUUUCUAUAUUACUGUGGGUCAGAUGCUAAUAAUAUUCAAGAAAUACUCUAGAAAAAAGGCUUCAACCUGAACACAUGUAUUGACUAUUAAUACAGACUUAAUAUUAUACUGGCUCAUGUUUAUUUUAUGUAUCCAAAUCUUUUCAUAGAAAUGUGGUACAUUACUUUCUUUUCUUAAAACUGUAAAGACUGCCCUGGCUGGAGUGGCUCAGUGGAUUGAACGUGGGCCUGUGGGCCAGAGGAUUGCGGUUCGAUUCCCAGUCCGGGCGCUUGCCUGGGUUGCAGGCCAGUUCCCAGUGGGGGACGCAUGGGUGGCAGCCAUGCAUCGAUGUUUCUCUCCUUCUCUCCUUCCCUUCCCCUCUGAAGAUAUAUAGAUAAAAUCUUUAAAAAAGAAAAAAAAACUGUAAAGACCACGCUGGUGAACUACUGAAGCAACACCACAGAAAAGUUCUCCUCUGCUGAUUGAUUGGGGGUGGGGCCAACUGCACCACAAUGGGCCUCAAAGAGCCCGCCUUCAGCAAAGAGAAACACAGACACCUAGACCUGGAAUUCAAUUUCACUGAACUAAUCCCAUGUGAAGGGUGAUUCUGACUUUGAUGCCUUCUGUGAACUGGACAGAAAAGUACACUUGUUUCCAUCAUCUCUCGCUAUAGUUGUUUCUACAGUGUAUUAAACUAUAACAAUAAUA